AAAUGAAGAAAGAGAUUGUGAUUUUGUCUAACUUCUGUAGUGAAGUUGCUCAAGUUAUGGGAAGAAUUGUGUAUCUACCUUCGGAAUGAUUGAUAAUACUUUUGGAAAAGGAUACUUAAUUUGUACUGCUCCUUUCAGACUUCAACUUAAGGCAAGAGCAUGUUUGAACAAAGAUCUUGACAAGGACUGCAAUGAAUGCUAGGUGGAAGAAUAGAGAUUGGCUGCUAACGCAAACUGUAUGGUGCAAAAAGAACUACUCUAAUAAUCUGUUUUUGGUCAAGGUACGGUACGUACUCAUUUAUUUGCAAAAAAUGGGAUACUGGAUUUUUCAUGGAUUCUACACUAAAAACAAGUUUCUUGUUGUUUCUUUGGUAAGUCCAGGUCUGUGAGAAUUCUUCUAGGUUACUGACUACGGUGCACUAAAGAUAGUGGUGGUCCAGUGGACCGUAGCCAGUACUGUAGUGUCAUAUCCAUUCUAGUCUUGUCGAGCGCGACGGGAUUCAAAGAGAACGAGUACUUUGUACGUUUUGUUGAAUUUCCCAAUUUCCUCCUUCUUUAACGGGUCUCGUUUCCUUUGCCCAAAAUUAAGUAGUACUGUACUAGAAAUAUUGAAGGCUUAUUAAGUAGAGUCCGGACACCAAUCUUACGAACUAGAAGUUGUGUUUCACCUCGUAGUUGGAAUGCAUCAUGACGAGUUACUCUACUGUCUUUGCAGACUUCUCUACAAGAUUAUUUUUUUCGAUCUCAAGUUUCAGUAUCUCUUUUGGAUCGAAUCAUUGUAUCAAUAUCACAGAACCCAAAAUAAAAUGCUUGUGGAAGAGCAAACAAAAGUAAACCCUUCGUGGUUCGAAUCGCCCGUACGCCGGGUGUCGACUUCCGGAGGAACCGCUCCUUUCUUUCGGCUGAAUCUGACCGAAGAAGGUCUCAAACAACUAGGAUGUAGAGGGAUUGAGAUUGACAAAAAUUACUGGAUUGGCAAAGAUUUAUCCCACGCUCAAGACGAAAAGGAUUUCUACUUACAGGUGCUCCGAAUACGUGAACGAAGUGAACGUGAUGAUGGGAACAAGAGAGACGUCACCGAAGGCAUUUGCUUGCUCGAGAAUUUCAUGUUUGACUAUCUGGGUGUCUUGGAAGCAAAAAGUGUAGAACAGGACGGGAAGCACGGAAUUUGCCAAUUGUUGGUGAUGAGAAACCUUCGAAAUAAUUAUGAUUCGUUUCGAAUGCUUGACCUGAAAAUAGGAGAGAAAACAGCACAGGCAGGUUGGAAAGGGAAAAGCCGUAUGUCAGCAUUGAAGCAUUUAGUGAUGGACGGGCUUUCCAAUUCGGUUUCCGAGGGGUAUCGCCUGGCGGGCUUCGACGGUUGUUCAGAGGCAUUUGAAUCCAUGCAUCCAUUGAUGGACAUUUUGGCCACCGAUGAAGUCAAAAACAUUUCCACMAGUGCUGUUUCCUCGACGAAGAGAAGCAGUGUUCAAACAAGUGUGGGUUUGGAGAUAGACCAGUCACAAGUGAAACUGGCGAAAAGAAUCAUGCUCAAUAGCCUAGACGGAACAGAAAUGCUCCGUCAUUUCUUGGAUCUCCAUAUGGAAGAAAUGAUGGGUUUGGCGCUCGAGGAUCAUUUGUCGCCCACAGAAGUAGCCGAAAUUGUUUCGCACGAAUUGAUGUCGAAAUUAAUCUCUCUCGCAGUGACUUGUCAUAAAGUACAUAUUCCUCAAAAGUGGAUUGGAAGCUCAGUUGCGGUAGCAUAUGAUUCGUGCUUCUUUCCCAGUCGGUCGUCUUCCCACGAGGACGAUAUUCGUUCCAGAGUUCUCGUCAAUAUUUUUGAUUGGGGCCGGUCUGAACUGUUGACAGCUAAGGAAUAUGAAGAUCUUACUAAAGAAGAUGCAGACGAUCGAGAUAAAUAUUGGGAUCUAUACAGAGCCGGUAUUGAUCAGCUAAGUUACAAUGCCACACGAUUUUAUUUCCACCAGUUUUCAAAUUCAACAGGCUGGAAGAUGGUGACGAUCCAAGUAAUGGAUUUUGAUUCCAUGUCUUUUGAUGACUACAUCGGAACUGUUGAAAUACCGCUGCCUGAUCUCUCAGAUAGUUCGGCACUCAAAGCGCUAGGCGAAAACAAAGCUUACAAACUCGUUCCCCGAAAGUUGACUGGCAUCGCUGCCGCCGUUCUCGGGAGCGAGUUGUUCUGUUCGAUUUCGUGGGUGAAAUUUCCGUCCGAAUCUCGGCUUGUAGGUGUCUGGCGUGUCUCGAUUGACCGAGCAGUUAAUUUACCACGAAUGGACUUGGUAGCCAAUUCAUCUGACGCUUAUUGCAUGGUCAUGGCUACAACUGAUGCUAAAGAAAGCUUUCAUCGUCAGCACUUCCAUCAGCAGACAUGCAUCAAGGCACGGACGCUAAAUCCUCAAUGGGGUGAAACGAUUGAUAUACCUGUUGCUAGAAGAGGAAAUGAUUCUUCGUUGAUGUCGGAAUUGACGGCCAAUGGAAUUUCUUCUAUCGAUGAUCACAACAUACCCAAUUUGUUCGAAUGGCACAAUGAAUAUUUCCAUUUUUCGGAUCAAAAUAUGAAACGGUGGACCAGUUCAUUAAAAAAUGGUACGGUUCAAUGAAUACAAUGUGCUCUUGUAGCACUAUGUUGAACAGCAUUGUAAUCUUUCUUGUAUUGUUGUUGUCUUUUGACUACUAAAGUAGUAAUACUAGUAAUACUACUAGAACAGAACAACAAGCAAGAACUACUCUUCCACUUGGUCCUCGUGAGAAGACCUGCCAGCAUCAGCACUAUUAGUAGUAGUACUACUAGUAAUAAAGAUCUAAAACUAUU